UUGAAAUGCUUGAAAGAACUAUAGAAGUAAAAUGGUAAAUUAUUUAGUACUACAUGAACUUCCUGAUUCAUUUGAUAUUCAAACAAUUUUAAAAUAGUAACCAAGUAACAAUGCAAUAUAUAAUAGCAUAUCUGUUGAUAACUGGAGCAACUUUUCAAAUUGCACAAUCAGCAGAAGACCAAUUACAAACUGAACUAUGGAUUUUAUCAAAUUUAUCAAAAUCAUUUUCAUGGAUUGAAAAUUUUGCCAAGAAAGCAACUAAUGAUAUUGUGAAUUUACCAAACAACAUAAAAAACACAAUACAAAAUAUCAUGACUGUAUCGGCUAUAACAAAUCCAGAAAUGAUAGAUAAUAAUGUGGCAAGAGUGCAGAUUUAUACUUCAAAAAUCAUACCAUCUCAAGAGUCAGUAACAGAAAUUAUUGAAAAAGAAAUCGAACUACCUCAACAAUUAGUUACAAAUAAUGAAGAAAUAACCAUACCAUCAUCAAAUAUCAUUUAUUCUAUGAUGUCACCUGAAAUAAUAGAAACAAAUACCAAACAAGAAAUCAUGCCACUACAAGUUUCAGAAACAGAAAUGAAUAUAGUAAUUCCUCAAACAUAGGAAACACUAAAAUAUAAUAAUAAUAAUAGAUUUUUCAAUUGUUUAGUCUUUAAAUUAAUAGUUAUUUUAUUUAAAAAUAUAUUAAUACAACACAUUAUAAUACAGUAAAAUCUCUUUAUAACAGACGCUCUAUUAAACGGAAUCUUCCUUAAAAUGGAAAAUAUCAAUAGUCUCGGUUCAAAUAGGUAAUAUAAUAUAAUACUACCUCCCUAUAACUGAAAACUCUUUAUAAUAGAAAAAACUGUUAGUCCCAAGUGAUUUCGUUAUAGAAAGGUUUCACUGGAUUUAUUAUUAAUAAAAUAAUACUAUUAUUUAUUUA